AUGAACUUCCUUUCUUUAAAUAUUAGAGGGAUUGGCUCGUGUGGUAAACAGUCUUGGGUGAAGGGUAUGCUGGGAAAAAAUAAUGUUGAUUUUCUAGCAAUUCAAGAAUCGAUACUGGUUGAUGAUAAGUCUUUCGAUUUUUCUAAGCUUUGGGGUCAUGGGGAUUUUGAAAUGGAUAUGGUUGGUUCUAUGGGUAAAUCAGGAGGGAUGGUUAGCAUGUGGAAUCAUAAAAAGUUUAAGAAGGAGUCUGCGAUUCAUGAUCGGAAUUUUUUAAUUACAGCUGGGAAAUUAGUAGAGGAUGGGUCUGUGAUUAAUAUAGUUAAUGUGUACGCGCCUCAGAAGGCUGUGGAAAAAAGAGGUGUUUGGGACCGUCUUAAAGUGCUUAUACAGGGGGGUACGGGUAUGUGGAUUCUACUUGGAGAUUUUAACACUGUGAGAUGGAAGGAAGAGAGGAAAAACUCAAAGUUUAAUAGGGGGAUGGCUAAGGAUUUUAUUGAUUUUAUUGACGAGGUUAGUUUGCAGGAGUUCAAGAUGAGUGGAAAUAGAUUUACUUAUCUGACAGGGUAUGGAUAUGACGUGAAGAUGAGCAAGAUUGACCGGUGUUUGGUUUGUCAGGAUUUCUUUACAAGAUGGUCGAUUGCGUGUUUAAGAGCGCUUCCGAGGGAAGUGUCUGAUCAUUGUCCUCUUUUGUUGACUUUGGUGGAUUCCAACUUUGGAGCAAAACCUUUCAAAUGGUUUAACUCCUGGUUGGAUAAGGAAGAUUGUGAAGAGGUUGUGAUCGAAGCGUUUCAUAAACAGGUUGAUGACGGGCCUUCAGAUAUCCGAAUUCAGAAAAAAUUGUUUGCUAUUAGGGUGGCUUUCAGGGGUUGGUGGAAGGUAGUUCAAGAAAAAGAAAAGGAAGUUUUGAAUUUGUUGAGAAAUGAGAUUGCGAGUAGUGAACGUAGGAUGGAGGAAAGUUCUUUGGAGGAGGAGGAGAUGUGGGUAUGGGAGGAGAGUAAAAAAAGAGGUGGAGAAAAUGUUAAUUUCUAUUAA